UCUCCUAGUAACACACAAAGUGGUGCUGGGUCCUUCUGGACGCUGGCUAAAGGCUUGGCUUUGAAGAGAAACUGGAGCCAGCGGUUUUGUGUGCUGUGCUUUCAGCAAAGGCGAGCUGGAAAACCACAACUUGAACACAGUGACCUAUGAUGAUGUGCACAUCAACUUCACUCAGCAAGAGUGGGCUUUGCUGGAUCCUUCCCAGAAAAGUCUCUACAAGCAUGUGAUGCUUGACACCUACAGGAACCUCACUGCUAUAGGUUACAGUUGGGAAGACCAUAAUAUUGAAGAACAUUGUGAAAGUUCUAGAAGACACAGAAGGCAUAUUCAAAGGCAUGAAAAAAAUCAUACUGGAGAGAAAAUUUAUGAACAUAUUCAAUAUGGUGAAGUCUUUGCAUGUCACAGUUGUCUCCGUCUCCAUAAAAGAACACAUCAUGGAGAGAAAACCCAUGAAUGUAAUCAUUGUGGUAAAGCUUUUGCAAGUCAUGGUGUGCUUAAAAGACAUAUAAGAACACAUACUGGAGAGAAGCCCUAUGAAUGUAAUCAAUGUGAUAAAGCCUUUGCACAUGUUAGUAGUCUCCAAAGACAUAUAAGAACACAUACUGGAGAGAGACCCUAUGAAUGUAGUCAUUGUGGUAAAGCUUUUGCAAGUCAUGGUGAGCUUAAAAGACAUAUAAGAACACAUACGGGAGAGAAACCCUAUGAAUGUAAUCAAUGUGGUAAAGCCUUUUCACGAUUCUCUAGACUCCAAAUACAUAAAAGAACACAUACUGGAGAGAAACCGUAUGUAUGUAAUCAAUGUGGCAAAGCUUUUUCACAACAUGACAAUCUUGUAUCUCAUAAAAGAAUACAUACUGGAGAGAGGCCCUAUGAAUGUCAUCAAUGUGGUAAGGCCUUUUCACAUGUCAAUAGUCUACAAAAACAUAAAAAAACACAUACUGGAGAGAAACCCUAUGAAUGUAAUCAGUGUGGUAAAGCAUUUUCGGAACGCUCUAAACUCCAAAUAUGUAAAAAGAAACAUACUGGAGAGAGACCCUAUGAAUGUAAUCAAUGUGGUAAAGCCUUUUCACAACACUGCAGUCUCGUAAGUCAUAAAAGAACACAUACUGGAGAGAGACCCUAUGAAUGUCAUCAAUGUGGUAAAGCUUUUUCACAACAAGGCAGUCUUGUAACUCAUAAAAGAACACAUACUGGAGAGAGACCCUAUGAAUGUAAUCAAUGUGAUAAAGCAUUUUCACGUGUCAGUAGUCUACAAACACAUCAAAGAAUACAUAGUGGGGAGAAACCCUAUGUAUGUAAUCAAUGUGGUAAAGCCUUUUCACAACAGAGCAGUCUUGUAAUUCAUAAAAGAACACAUACUGGAGAGAAACCCUAUGAAUGUAAUCAAUGUGGUAAAGCCUUUUCACAACACUGCAGUCUUGUAAGUCAUAAAAGGACACAUACUUGAGAGAAAACCUGUGAGUGUAACUAAUGGGGUAAAGUCUUUGUAUGUAACAGUCUUUAAAAAUCAUGAAAGAUGAAUCAAACUGCAGAGAAACCCUAUAAAUGUAAGCAGUAUGGUAAAGUGCACCUUGUAUAUCACAAUAAUAUUUGAGGACCUGAGAAAUUCAUACUGAAGGGAAUCUUACUAUAAAGGAUUUGGUAAGAUCUUCAGCCAACACAAGAUUCUGGAAAGAAAAAUAUUUGGCAAGUGUCAACAGCCUGUUCCAGCAUUAUAAUGUCUCUAUUUUGUUUGCACAUGCAAACUCAUAUAAACAAAAGUCCUAUGAAUUCACUGAUAAAGUAACCCUUUUUGACUUCACUCUUUUCUUUAAUUACGUAAGACACGUAAUUAAAGAUCGAUUGAUUUCCCUAAACCCAAUCCUGCAUGCUUGCUUCUGUUACAUGAGCCAAUUCAUGCUGAAGGGAACCUGUUAAGACUUUAAAUACCUCAACACCUGGGUUACAGGAAUAACUGCUUAUAAGAGAAAAUAUUCAUGUGUGAAAAUGUUUGUUUAGAGAUUUGAUUGAAUUUUAAUUACUUGGUGUCAAUGUGUGGGUUUGUGACUGUUCAUGCUUAUUCCCAAGGUUAGACCCUUGAGUAUUCCUGUAGCAGGAACAACAGAAAGUUCUCAGAAUCAUGACCUAUGUCCUGGCAAUGAAUUUGGCAUAAUUUUGCUCAUCCAUAUAUCUAGCCCUAUACAUUUUUUAAAUCCUUUUUGUAUCAUCUUGAUAUCAGGUAAUAGGGAAGAACUCACAGAAGAGAAAAAAAAACAAUUCAUGUAAAUGAUUUGGUAAAUACUUCAUACUUGUCUUUAGUUUCAAUAAAAAAAAACUUUCAUGUGAAGGUUUGUAUUAACAAGUUCACUAGACCCAAGACAAAUGAUAAAUGGCUGAUUUAUUAGGGAUAAUAAAGAGCCACCAUGGCCUUCCUGC